GAAUGAAGAAUGAAGAUGCUGUAGGGCUCUCGAUUAUAUUAUCAGUGAGUGCAGACAUCUAGAUAAUUAUCUAUGGUACAGACACUGACAUGCACUGACACUCACUGUCACUUGCACUGUGUACUUUAUAAUAGAUAAAAUGUCUGACUAUCUCACAAUAGCAGAUCUUAAGAAAGUGUACUUAGUCACGUUUGAUGCUCGAGUUAAGUGGCGAAACAUCUUGCUUGUUCUGGAUGUAUCCCCGGCUACUAUCAACAACGUAGGUACGAAAUGGCGUGACAAUCCUGAUGACUGCUAUCGUGAGGGACUGUCAGAGUGGCUAAUAGGUGGAGAGAGAAGCUGGGAAGAUGUGAUGGGGGCUUUGUCCAGUCCUAUUGUGGGCCAUGUUCACAUAGCCAGAACCAUUGAGAGAGACCAUGUACAGUCUACUGGUGCAAGCCAUCUCACGACUCAAAAGUUCCAGGAUGGUUCACUGACAGGAAGCUCGGACACAGUAGAGGCAAUGAAGAGGGAAUCAAAGGACACUCAACCACUCAAGAAAGGUCCCCCUCCCAGAGAGUUGAGACCUCCACUCACUCUGAAAUGGAGGAGAAGAGGAAAAGACAUGCCAAUUAAGAUGGGUGGCUCGAUACAGAGUGUUGUUAUCGGUGACACGGUGUAUGUUGGUGGAGGUGCUGCAGACAAUGAUCGGGAUGAGUGUACAGUAAUGAAGCUCGAGCAAGAUCAAUGGACCGAACUACCAGAGUACACUACUAAGUGGUUCGCUAUGACAACACUCGCUAAUCGACUAGUGCUGGUGGGAGGACGUGAUCCACUAACCAAAAAAAAACUAAUAAACUUGCAGCCUUUCAUUCAGGGAAAUGGACUUACCCGUACCCACCAAUGAACAUUGCUCGUCAUUCCUCAACAGCUGUCUCCUUCAACAACUACAUCAUUGUAGCUGGUGGACAAGAUGAUAAAGGACGUACCUCCUCUGUGGAGGUGUUGGACGUGGCAUCAAGAAGAUGGUACAUUGCUCAGUCACUACCUAACCCACGAGCAGUACCAAAAUCGACUCUCAAUGUCAUAGGAAACACUCUCUAUCUAAUGGGAGGGUAUAAUCAGACGGGGAUGACGAUCAAGACUAUGCAUUACGUCGACCUCAAUGACCUCCUUGCAAAAGCCAAAUACAACUUGGACACACCCACGCUAUGGCAAAUGACACAUGAUGCACCCCUCUAUGUAUCAGCUCCUCUUUGUGUUGGGAGGUCUUUAUUAGCCGUUGGUGGAUGUGACAACAAGGGUAACCCAAGUUCAUCGAUCCUCCUCUACCAGCCUGACACCAGGAGGUGGGUGAAAGUGGGGGACCUGCCUACUGCACGAUACCACUGCACAUGCUCAGUACUACCUAGUGGAGAAGUCAUUGUUGCCGGAGGACAGACAAAACGUUGCAUUCAAACUGUGGACUUCUUCUCUGUAUGUUCUUAGCCAUUUUGUAUUGUUUUACUUGUCAGCUAGAAUUGUGAUUGUAAAUAAAUUAUAGUAUUACAAACGACGUGUGUUAUGUUAUUGUUUUACUUGUUAUGUCUUUCCAUGAGUUAAUACAAUUUUUUUCACCUACAUAGCAUGUGUACGCUUUCGAAUAACGGAUAAAACCAAUAAUUAUAAUUAUAGUUCUUGCACCAUACAACUUGCAAUAUUGUCCGUUAUUCAUGCAGACGUUCCACUAGCUAGCUGUCUAUCA